AUGUACUCUCAACAGCGACCGCUAUCUUAUGCGCCGACCCCAUACAGCUAUACACCAAACCCGGCCCGGUCGGCGACCAUCAAUCUCGAUGAAGAAGUGAAAUUGAUUUCGAACUCAGGGGAACGGGACCUAUACGAGUCGCUUGCGGAAAUUUACAGCAUAAUUGUCACCCUCGAUGGGCUCGAGAAGGCAUACAUCAAAGACGUCGUCACCGAAGCCGAGUACACAGAGACAUGCACCCGACUACUAAAACAGUACAAAUCCAGUCUGGGCGAUGACACGGUAGCACAGAAAUUCGUGGAUCUGGAAACAUUCAAGCGAACAUGGGGUUUAGAAUGCCCCCGAGCCACGGAACGACUGCGAAUCGGUCUCCCCGCAACCGUUGAGCAAGCCUCGCAUAAUACAUCUACAUCUAAUAAUGCUUCAUCGGGAGGAGGAGGUGCAGGAGGCGCGUCGGGCAGUCUGAUCUUGGCGGCCACAGAGAACUUCAUCACGUUCUUGGAUGCGUUGAAGCUGAACAUGGUAUCAAAGGAUGCGUUACAUCCACUGCUCUCGGAAGUGAUUCAGUCGGUCAACAAGGUGACGGACGGGGAAUUUGAGAACCGUGGUAAGAUUAUCCAGUGGUUGAUCGCGCUGAAUCAAAUGCGGGCGACCGAAGAAUUGAGCGACGACCAGGCGCGAGAAUUGGCAUUUGAUAUCGAGCAGGCUUAUCAAGGUUUCAAAGCCACCUUGAAUUAG